AUCCAGAAUUGUCGUUACGCGUUGCAGAAAACACUUCCGUUGCACGAGCAAUGGGGUUUAACAAAGUCAGUGUCUCGAAAUUCUUUUCGUUAUUGAUUGAAUUGCAGGAUAAAUACAAAUUUGGACCCACGAAAAUAUUUAAUGUCGAUGAGACUGGGAUCACAACUGUGCCCAAAAAGAAAUCUAAAGUUCUUUCCUUAAAAGGCAAGAAACAAGUUGGCCUUAUCUCUUCUGCUGAAAGGGGCCAAUUAUCCACAGCAGUUUUGUGCGUAUCAGCGUCUGGCAUUUACGUGCCACCACUUGUAAUUUUCCCGAGAGUCCGUAUGAAAGCAGAAUUGCUGGACGGUGCGCCACCUGGAACAAUCGCCAUGUGCCAUCCCAGUGGAUGGAUCCAGAGUUACAUUUUUGUUCAUUGGCUAGAUCAUUUCAUUGCAAAUGUCAAACCUACUAAGGAUUAUCCUGUCCUUCUUUUACUAGAUGGUCACUCAACGCAUACCAAAAAUCUUCCCUUGAUAGACAAAGCACGAAACAAUGGAGUCAUUAUUGUCAGUUUCCCUCCUCACUGCACUCAUCGCCUGCAACCACUUGACGUUAGCUUCAUGGGACCAUUAAGCACUUUUUAUACCCAAGAAGUGAUGAUAUGGCUGCGCAAUAAUCCAGGUCGAAUUGUAACACAGUACCAACUUGGAAAACUGUUCGGAAUUGCGUAUGCCAAAGCAGCAACAUUACAAAAUGCAUUGAGUGGUUUCUCAAAAACUGGAAUUUAUCCUUUGAAUCCGAAUAUCUUCUCAGAUCAUGAUUUCGUAUCUGCUUCUACAACAGAUAAUGACAUUACAGGAUCCCAGACUAUGGCGAACUUUUCAGAAAACGUAAUUCAUGACACUAGAGUGGAUAAGAAUAAACCAUUAACAGCAGAAGUGUUACCAAUAUAUUCUUAA